GAGAUGUGAUGGUGAGGGAGAUGUGAUGGUGAGGGAGAUGUGAUGGUGAGGGAGAUGUGAUGGUGAGGGAGAUGGAUCUCGAUCGAGGAUUGGUAUUCUGUCUAGACACCUAGACACGCUUCAUCUCAGAUCACCAGUGCUUCACUUCAUACAUGUGGCCCUGGAUGCGCAACAACUCGACCCUCGGUGUCCUGGCGCGGGGUAUUGGCAAUAAUGAUGUUCCGGCGCCCGGGUGCCUGGUGCGGGGUUGGGAAGAGGCCGUCGUCUACCUUGGGAGGUAGACGACGAGUUUCUGAUAACCUACGAUACCAUAUUACAAGACCCUGAGAAAAUAGCUCGUUUACUUUACGGAUAAUCAAACAUGGCCGACUUUGCAGGGAAAAACAAAGCUUUCUUCGACACAGAAGCCGCAACCUACGACACCAAACACGCCAAAACCCUCGCCGACCUAACCGCCUCCCUCCAAUCCUCCCUCCCCUUCCUCGCCCCCUUCCCCUCCGACCCAACCACCACCCCCUUCACCCUCCUCGACUACGCCUGCGGCACCGGCACCAUCACCAAAGCCCUCUCCGAACACUGUUCCCGCGUAAUCGGCAUCGAUGUGUCCGCCGGCAUGGUCGCCGCCUACAACACCACAGCUUCCAACCAAGGGUUAGAGGAGGAGGAGGUCCACGCUUGGGUGGGGGAUUUGAUCGAUCCCGAGGUGGACAGGCCGAGGGAGUUUGAGGGGGAGGAGUUUUGGGGGUUUGAUGUUGCGGUUGUGGGGCUGGGGUUUCAUCAUUUUGGGGAUGCGGGGUUGGCGGCGAGGAGGUUGGGGGAGAGGUUGAAGGGGGGGGGGUCGUUGGUGAUAUUGGAUUUCUUGCCGCAUGGGGAGAUGCUUGGGCAUGGUCACGGACACGGUCAUGGUCAUGGACAUGGUCAUGGACACGGUCACGGUCACGGUCACGGGGAGAAGAAGGAGGAAGCGGGAGGGAAAGGGGAAGAGACCAAAGUCGUGGAGACGGUGAAAUAUAUGGGAUUCUCGGAGGAGGAUGUGCGGAAACUGUUUGAGCAGGCGGGGUUGGGGUUGGAUUUCGGGUAUAAGGUGUUGGGGAAGGGGCUUGUGAUUGGGCCUGAGGAGAAGAGGAUGAAGAGGGAGGUGUUUAUUGCGAGGGGGACGAAGGCGUGA